UUGAUGUUGCACAUUCGCAAGGAAAAGACACAUAACGCUCGGCGAACGCUGCCUGAGUAGAAAUGCCGUAAAAAAUAGUGCCGCCAAAAAACUAAAAGAAAAUUUUAAAAUAUACAAAAAAAAAGACCAAAGUACUUUCACAUUCGCAAAUGCGAGAGAGCAGAGGAAUUGAAAUGGUGCGGGUAGGUUAUGUCCGGUACCUGUGAUCAUUGAAUAGAAAGGCGAACUAAAUCAAUGAGGGAGAGAGCAUUGCGGGGCUUUAAAAAACUAAACUAAAUGACGAAAACGAUAAAGCCACAACAGAAUGAAUACAUUUUAAAAUAUAAUUAUUGUAUUUGCGUUUCGAAUUCAAAACUGAAGGAAUAUUGAAACAUUUUAUGUUUUUUCACCUCAACUCCUUGCUGAGAAAACAUUAGAAAUAUCUCGUCCUCAAUAUUUGAAGAAGAUAACAUUGAAACAGAUAACAACUAGCAAAAAUGUGGUUUUACGGGUUUAUACCCCAAAACAAAGUUUGCUUUAAAAUUUACAAAGCGUUGCCAAAGUGCUGCAAUAAGUACAAAAGCUAAAGCAUACAAAAGCCAUCAACUCUAAGCAUUGUCGUCCCCAAAAAAGGGGGAAGUAAUUCGAAAAACUCUAGUAAAAAAAAUAUCAAGAAUUGCAAACAAUUUGAAUAAAAAAAUAAAACAAAAUAACAAAAACGAUUGAAAAAGAAAAAUCUAAAAAAAAAAAAAAAACAUUGUAGAAAAAGCAUCACAUGUAAGCGCUCACAGGAAAAUCGCCACAAACCCGCCCUCUUCAACACAUACACACAACAAACAAGUAUCUCUACAUUACUCAACGUCAGAAGCAUUUUUAUGAUCACUAUUUUGGCUAAUAAAUGCUAGGCCCUACAGCUUGACUUCAACGCUAUCCUUGAAAAUGCCUCGAACCUUACCCCAUUCAACGGCGGCCAUGGUGCGCCAACAAUUCAGUGUGGCCACUUUGUGUUUUGUGACUUUAACUCUCAGUUCGGUGCCGGUGCGUGAGAUAGGUGCCCAAAGACCUUUGGUGAAUCACACCACCUACAAUACCAUACCAACGGGCCAGCACAACUACAAGCUAAGAAAUGGACGUACCCACGACUUUCUACCGCCCACCACGGUGGCCUCGAUUCCACGCGGCGCCAUUGGAGGUCUGCUGGGUGGUGGCGUUCCCAAUUAUGAUGAUCUGGAGAGCACGCUUUUGCCCCCCUUAAAUGGGGCGCGUAGAGAGAGUCGGCGGCGUCUUACAUUUCAGACAUUGGCAAAUAUGCAUCGCGGUAGUAGCACUGGUCGCGGCAUGGAAUCAUUGCGCAAGGAAUUAAUGAAACCCUCGGUGGGUGGACCAGGUGGUGGCAUAAGUGGCAAUAGUCCAGGUUAUCCUUCGUAUGUAGCCACAUCGUCUAUAGGAAAAAUCGAUGGUUUGGGUAGAGUGGGUCCAGCACAACGUUAUGGUGAUGCUUUGCAUCAGGCGGGGCUUUUAUAUUCGACCAGUAUGCCACCAAAAGGAUCUGUGGAUGGUAAAUUUGUACGUUUUCCACCCAAAAGUAAUUCCAUCAAUGAGCUGCGUAAAAUGAAUGCUGAUCAGCCUAUGCUUGGAGUGGAUGAUGAUAUCAUAAUGGAGGAACAUCCGGAUCCCUUGCAAGCCAUCAAGGAUCAAUUGCUGAUAUCACAGCCUCAACCGAUGACACAUCCCGAAGCUUAUCAAAAUUCCGAUAUUGAGGAUCUGCUCGGGGUUCGUUGCACAUUCGAAACAAAAUGUGCCUGGAAAUGGACCGAAAAUCUAUCGGAUGGAUUUCACAUCAUGAGCGGCUUAGAGGUAUCAAAGAAAAACAUGACUGGCCUCUAUCCAGGACCCACAGCCGAUAGUGCUGAUGAUGCCAAUGGUCAUUUCCUAUAUGCCCGCCUAUCACCGACAACAUUGCAAAUUAACUUAACAUCGCCUCAAUUCAGUACCACCAUGGAGAAAUGCGUUCUGGAGGUGGUUAUGCAUCAGAGUGGCAUGGGUCAUGGCUUGUCACGUGUGGUGGUAGAACCACAACAUUCACAGGAGAACUCUUGGGUGCCGGCGGAAAUUGUUGGUGAUAACUAUCGCGCAUGGUCGAAGAAAUUAUUUCGCUUGGGACGCAUAACACGCGAUUUUCGCUUGGUAUUUGAAAUUGUGCCAAAACUACUGGAAGGACAGAAAGCUCAUGUGGCCAUAGAUAAUCUGCGUAUGGUCAAUUGUUUCCCCGAAGGCACCAAGUCCGAAAAAUGUAGCACAUCACAAGUGAAAUGCAUGAAUAAUAAGAUGCCCGUAUGUAUUCCAUUGCCCAGAAUUUGCGAUAUCACCAGGGAUUGUGAUAAUUCCGAGGAUGAAUUGCUUAAUUGUGAAAAAAUUCCCUUUGGUGCCCGCUGCGAUUUUGAAAAUGAUUGGUGUGGUUGGCGCGAUUCUGGUCGCACCAUACUCUCCUGGUCCCGCCAUACUGGCUCCUCACCUACCUAUGACACUGGUCCCGAUGGUGAUCACACUUUUAGUCAUCCCUCCAAUGCCAGCAGUGGCUACUACAUGCUGGUCAAUAUGAAUCAGCACAGCAACAACUCCGAAAAGGGUCAACAAAUUGGUUUUGCCAGCAAUGCCAUAAUGAUAAGUCGCACCUUUAAUCCACCACCCUCAGUGCAUGGCGAUCCGCAUUCACCCUAUCGCAAUUCAUGUGUGGUGAGAUUCUAUAUACACCAGUAUGGCAAGAAUCCGGGUAGCAUUAAUCUAUCAGUGGUGGAGAUGCAAGAGAAAGAGAAUAUAACCACCACACUGUGGUGGAGUACCAAAAAUCAAGGAGAAGACUGGAUGAGAGCGGAAUAUAUUUUGCCAAACAUAACAUCAAGAUAUUAUCUACAAUUUGAGGCCCGCAUGGGUAUGCGCAUCUAUUCUGAUGUUGCUGUUGACGAUUUCUCUUUGUCGCCGGAAUGCUUUGGCAUAAACAUACCACCGGAACACUUGAAUGGCUAUAACUAUUGGAAUGUUCGUCACACGAAAAGUCCCACGCACAAAGAUUUCGAAAAUCAUAAUUAUCUGGAACUUGGGACUUGCGAAAAUCGAGGGAUGCAUGGGCCUACACAAUCGCAAUGUGAGUCAUUCUACACCAAUCACAAUCGAACGAAUGUGCUGGAAGAGGUGCGAGUCACUGAUGAAAUUCCCUAUAAAGGGAUGCAGAAAUGGAAGGUGCCUCACGAAGGCUUCUAUACAUUCAUUGUCAAAGGAGCUGGAGGUGGUCUGGGUUCUACUGGUGUGGGUUCUUCGCGCGGUGCAGUGGCUGUGGCCGUUUUGGAGCUGCAUAAGAAUGAGGAACUUUAUCUUCUGGUCGGCCAGCAGGGAGAGAAUGCUUGUUCCAAAUCUCCAGGCGUCAAGGAAGAUGUCUGCAGUCCCAGUGCCACAGUCAUUCUGAAUGGCAAUAAUGGAGCUGGUGGUGGUGGUGGGGGUUCUUAUGUAUUCUUGCUCAACUCGGCUCGCAAUGAGGCUGUACCCUUAGUGGUGGCUGGUGGCGGCGGUGGUUUAGGCGUGGGUCGCUAUCUCGAUGAGGCUUUCCAACAUGGUCAAAAGGAGAAUUCAGGUCGCCGUGGCCUAACUGGUCAAAUUCAUGGUGAACAAAUAUCAAAGAAAACUGCCGGACCUGGUGGUGGCUGGAGAGCUAAUGCCGAUCAGGCUUUGGAUGCCAGAUACGGUGCGGCCUUGCUUUUGGGUGGACGCGGUGGAUUCUCUUGCUAUGUCGAUAUGGAGACCAAUGGCUCGGUGACCAAACGUUAUGGUCAGGGAGGUUUUGGUGGUGGAGGUGGCGGCUGCACCACAGGAGGUGGUGGUGGUGGUUUCGCCGGUGGUGAUGUCUAUCUCAAUGAGUCCAAUGGCGAAGGUGGUUCCUCAUACAUCAGUGCUUCCCGCACGCUCAAGGAAAUGAGUGCCAUAUAUGAGGGCUCAAAUUUGGGAGCCGGUUCCAUAAUUAUAAUACCUGCCAUAGAGGGUUGUGGAUGUGAUUAUCGUUGUUUGGCUUUGGAUGAAUAUCGUUCAUCGGUGAAAUGUAUAUGUCCAGAGGGCUGGAGAAUACGCAAGGAUAAUACUUCGGCUUGUGACAUGCCCGUUGCUGAUGCCAUACCCUUAAAUUAUUUGAUAUCCUUCUUUACGGUGCUUAUGCUGCUUCUGAUAGCCUCUUUGGCGGUAUUGGUUGUAAUGCUGUACAAUCGCUAUCAACGCAAAAAAUUGGCCAAGGAACGCCAUAAAAUGCUUAGGGAACAGGAUAUGCAGCUGACCCGUUUGCGCCAUAACAUUGAUGAGGGCAAUCUGAAUAAUUUCAAUCCAAAUUAUGGCUGCGAUGAUCUAAUCAAUGGCCAAAUCAAUGUGAACAGCUUGCCACAAGUGGCCAGAGAAAGUUUGCGAUUGGUUAAAGCCCUGGGUCAAGGCGCUUUUGGUGAGGUAUACCAGGGAUUAUACCGACAUCGUGAUGGCGAUGCUGUUGAAAUGCCAGUGGCCGUUAAAACCCUGCCCGAAAUGUCCACCCGCCAAGCUGAAGAGGAUUUCCUUAUGGAGGCCGCCAUAAUGGCCAAAUUCAAUCACCCCAAUAUGGUGCAUCUUAUAGGUGUCUGCUUCGAUCGCCAUCCCCGUUUUAUUGUCUUGGAGUUGUUGGCUGGUGGAGACCUUAAGAACUUCUUGCGCGAAGGUCGCCACAAGCCUGAGCGUCCUUCCCCUCUGACCAUGAAAGAUUUGGUAUUUUGCUCUUUGGAUGUGGCCAAGGGUUGUCGUUAUAUGGAAAGUCAACGUUUCAUACAUCGCGACAUAGCAGCCCGAAAUUGUCUGCUCAGCAGCAAGGGCCCCGGUCGAGUGGUAAAGAUAGCCGAUUUUGGUAUGGCACGCGAUAUCUAUCGCAGUGAUUAUUAUCGCAAGGGUGGCAAGGCUAUGUUGCCCAUCAAAUGGAUGCCACCCGAAGCAUUUUUGGAUGGUAUAUUCACCUCGAAGACAGAUGUUUGGUCUUUUGGAGUUUUAUUGUGGGAGGUUUUCAGUUUGGGCUUAAUGCCCUAUACAGGUUUGCCCAAUCCCGAGGUCAUGCAAUUGGUUACCAAUGGCGGUCGUUUGGGCACACCACCUGGCUGUCCGCCAAUUAUUUAUAAAAUAAUGGCAGAUUGCUGGAAUCCUACACCAGAAGAUCGUCCAACAUUCUCUAGUCUUUUGGAGCGUCUCAAAGCUGUGACUGAGGAUCCAGCUGUAAUGAAUGCUCCUUUGCCCCAUAUUUUACGCCCGCCAUCCAAUGAACGAGAUCAAACUAUUAUGCGACCGCAGGGUUGCGAUGAUGUUUGCCUACAGGUGCCAACAACAUCCGAUUAUCUCAUACCCUUGCCCGGCAUAACACACCUCCAUCAACAACAGCAACAACAACAACAGCAGCAGCAGCAGCAGCAACAACAUCAUCAGCAACAACUACAGCAAACACAUGACACAAUCGAUCCCAGCUGCACCAUAGCUGUAUCAACCGGAACCAAUAUCUGUACACCGCCUGGUGUAACCUCGCCUUCGGCACCCCAUCAACUGGGCGCCAAGGAUGAGGAACAUAACAAUGCAACCAAUGAAGGUUGCUGGGAAACAUCAUUCAUUCUGCCCAACUCGAAGAGUGAUCAGCCACUGCUCAAUAAUAACAACUCGAAUGGCUCUCAAAAGAGCAUCAAUACCGCCUCCAUAGGGGCCCAAGGCCCAGGCAACACCAGCGGCUACAGCAGCAGCAGUCAAAGAUCGCCGGUCUCGAAUGGCCUAAGGACAAUACAAUCUUCAACAGCGCCGGCCCACGAGGAUGAGGAGACCAAACUGAUAAGUUUGGACACACCACAGCCAACACCAACCACUAUACAACCGCCAUUAUCAUUUGCAUCGCAGCUGGAUGGUAUAACAUUAGAUCCGGCCGCUUUAACAAAGAGUCUGAACAAUACCGCAACAGUUCCAAAUGCCGCAACAGCAACAAAUACUAAUCUUAAUAAUAAACACUCCUCGUAUGCCAACAUUCAAAUGAUGUCCUCGUCCGUCAACAAUUUGAAGGGUGGCAACACUUGCAACGACACCAACGCCCCCACGGAGAAACUCAAUGGUACGCUACUGCACAAUGGCAGCAAUGGUCUGACCAAAAUGAAUGGCAAUUUAGCGACGAAUGGUGGCACAAAUGCGCCACCCUUUACCAUACAGGGCUAUGCGGAACGUUACAAGGAUAAGCACUCGGAAAUCAGCUGUUAAAGACAGUGUGAGAGAGAGAGACAAAGAGAGAGAGGCAGACACCCACAAAGUAGGGGAAAAGCCCGAUUUGAAACACACACAACGAGAGAGAACGAGAUUGAUUGUGAGCCAGAAAUCAGCAAAGAGUGAGUUAUACAAAUUUGUAAAAAUAAGAUAAGGCUAGCACCGAACCGAGUGUUUAUUAGCAAAAGUAAGUGAGAGAGAUGAAGGGAGGAAAGAGAGAGAGAGAAAGAGAUUUCUCUCAUUGCUGUCAGCUCCAUUUAACAGAUAAUUAAAACAAAAACGAGGACAAGUAACAGAGAGCGAGAGAUAUUAAAGCUUUAAAAGCAUAACUCUCAUUUAUCAUGUAUUAUUGUAUUGUAUUCUUUUUUUUUUUUAAUGGAAACAUACAAACAACAAAAAUAUUUUUAAAAAUUAUUUAUUUAUUUAUUAACACAUUGGAGAAAAGAAAACACACGCUCACACAUAUACGUAGAGACAUUUUCUUUAAGUUUCUCAAUUUCUUUUUUGUUUUUGUUUUUAUUUUCGGUUGGGUUAGGCAUACAGGGUGUGUUGGUUGUAUUGUUACUAAUAAUUUACAUAAUAGAAGAAAAAAAAAACAACAAGCAAAGAAAAACAUGAAAAUAUUUAUAAUUUAUAAAAAAAAGUAAGAAAAAAAGAAAACCAUAAACCAUAAAAAUUACUUAUAAAUGAAAUAAUAUAUAUAUACAUAAAUAUACAUAAACUGCAUAAUUAUACGAAAAGAAAAUUUAAGAAAAACAUCGCAACAAAAAAACAAAACAAACAAACAAACACAAUAAAACAACAUUGAAAUUCUACGAAUAUAUAUUAAAUGUAGUAAAUGUGUGUGUAUUAGUGUAAAAAGUGAUUAAUUAUUGAUAAUUCGAAGAAACAGAAAUAAUAAUAAUUAAAAUAUCUUAAAACUAAGAUCAUAUAUACAUAUAUGCAUAGCAAAGAAAACAGGGUGAGAUAUCAAAAUAUUCAACAUCGCUGAAAUGUUUAGUGUAAUUAAAAAAUGGUAGAGUCUAAUUGGCAAUUUCAUGGUUUAAAAUUUCUUAGGGAAAAUUUUACCAAAAUUUGACUAACACUUCAGAGUUGGAAUUUUUAACCAUGCCAUGUUUAUUAUCUUUCUUGGAAAAUGGGAAUUCAACAAAAGUCCUAUCACCCGGAGGAUGCCUCUGGUCCGAGAAAAUCAAAGUGAUCAACUAGGUCAGUAGAACAAAACCCCAACAGCGUUUAAUAUUUCCGGGUCACCAUUUUUCUAUGGCCUUUUUUAUACAGUGGGUGUCUCUGAGAACUAAAUCUUCGACUCAAGAUAGAGCUUUAAAAUUUGACUAAGACAUUUAUAAUAGCUGUAGGAUCCAUGGUAUUCAAUAUGACCAACAUGUCCAUAUCGGUUCGAUGUAGCCUGUAUAAGGGAUAACGCCUGUUUUAGUUAUUGUGAAAACUUUAACUACAUAUUUCUACAGACUGUAACGUGGUUUUGCCGAAGGCUGAGGUAAGCUUAGUCUCGUCUCCAGGGUCAACAUAAGGACCCACAAACUUGAAGUGAUAACACAAGUUAAUUUGAAUCGUGGGUUGACAAUAAGGUGACUUUAUUGGUUUAAUUCUAUGUAACAAUCAGCUUGUGUUGUUAUAUAAAUGUAUGACAAUGUGGCGAAAGUGAGUAGGUUAUUGUCUUCUGUUCUGGGUUAUGAGCGUUCGGCAGUAAAAACGUCUCUUAGAGGCACUCGUAUGGUCAAAGCCCCCUUAUUGUUGGUUUUGGUUGAUGCCGAUUUAUAGUUGACCGAGAACUCAGGGUGGGCGUUGAUGUAUGCUUGGUUGGCACAAUCUUGACGGUGAGGCCUUCGCAAGUCCAAGGCCCCUUGUUGGUGAUGUUGGUCGGUGUAGUUGCCGAUUUAUGCUCGUUCGUCCGUGAAAACGUCUCUCAGAGGCACUCGUACGGUCAAAGCCCCCUUAUUGUUGGUUUUGGUCAAUGCCGAUUCAUAGUUGAUCGAGAACUUAGGGUGGGCGUUGAUACAUGCUUGGUUGGCACAGUCUUGACGGUGAGGCCUUUGCAAGUUCAAGGCCCGUUGUUGGUGACGUCGGUCGGUGUAGUUGCCGACGGCAGUCGAUUUAUGCUCUGGGUUAUGAGCGGUCGGCCGUGAAAAUGUCCCUUAGAGACACUCGUGCGUUCAAGGACCACUUAUUGUUGUUUUUGAGCGAUGCCGAUUUAUAGUUGAUCGAGAACUUAGGAUUAACGUCGAUGCGUGCUUGGUUGGUGCAAUCUUGACAGUGAGGCCUUCGCAAGUUCAAGGCCCCUUGUUGGUGAUGUUGGUCGGUGCAGAUGCGGAAAUCGAUUUAUAGUUGAUCAGGAACUUUCGGUGGGCCUUGGUUGUUAGUGAGGGCAUCGGGUGGUUUUUGUGAUAGAUAGUGAGCGUCUUGUUGGCAAACGCCCGUUGUGAGUAAAUUGAGCGCUGGCCUGGCAAACCUCAGGAUCGUCGUAUUCGGCUGGAGGACUGGAGUCGGGGAAUUAGUCGGCGGAUACAGUAAAGACGUCUUAUGGUUCGGUAAUAGGCAAAGACAGGUGCGCUCUUUACAAAUAAAGAUAUAAUUUUACAUCUGGGAGUUCAUGUAUCGCUACAAAAUCUACGGAACAAAAUAACUUCUAGUAGGGCAGCGUAUACGGCAACAAGCUAUCUACGGCCGGCUAAGCUAUCUGAGGAUGUGAGCCAAGCGCA